CGAAUAUAAGUGCACUCAACUCGCAUGGCUUUCUCACUCAUUGUCAGUCGGGGUUGUCCAAAUUAUUCAGUAAACAACAGAAUUAGAGUGAAAAUGAGCCUUCCAUUUGCUAUUUGUAUAGUCGCCUUCCUCGCCGCGGGGGUAAAUGGAGCAAAUGAAACGACUGGAAUCCUUACCUCGCCCGGAUAUCCGGACGCUUACACUAGAGGGACCAGAACGACCGCGAUUGAGCUGCCAAAUCCAAAUGCUACGGUUUUACUGCAAUUUCAAAAGCUUGAUUUAACCGCAACUGGAUAUACCUCGUCCACAUUUUUUAGAAUACACGACGGCUUAAACACGUCCGACAGAGUGUUAAAUAUUUACAGUUCAAAUGAAUACUACACCGCGAAAGAUGUUGAGUCGACCGGAAACAAAAUGCUGAUAUAUUUCUCUGCUUAUCACACUGGGGCGCCAGGAUCGGGGUAUUAUGCUACAUACUCAACGGUCGACCGUCACGACAACAUUAUUCUGGAAACCGGUUCUAUCACGAGUCCUGGAUAUCCAGCCAAGAACACGGAUGCCGUCGCCAUUCACUGGACCUUAACCCAACCGAACAGUGACUUUGUCCGGGUUGAAAUCGAGGAUCUCGAAUUGAACGAGGACUCUGAUUCCUUAACAAUUAGGGAUGGACCCUUGGCAGGAUCACCCAUUCUAGGACAACUAUCCGGUGUGAAGAAUCAGACUCAUCAUACAUUCUUAUCGUAUAGGAACUCAACGUUUUUGCGAUAUGUUUCCAACGGACUUUCAACCGGAAGGGGGUUCAAUGCCACAUUUCAUCCCGGUUACCGUUAUCGUCUAACUGGUUCCGCUUCUGGUGAAGUCGCAUCCAAAAAUUUCCCCUCCAAUUAUUCUACCUACUUAGCGGAAGAAUGGGUAAUCAACUUACCCGCGGGAAAUAUGAGUGUUCUUCUCGAAUUUAAAUGUUUCCAUACCGACACUGACGAUGUCCUUACGAUUCGGGAUGGAGAUUCUUAUCUAAGCCCGAUUAUUGGAGUUUACUCUGGUAAUGAUCUUCCCCCUAAUAUUCUAGCCUACAAUAACAGACUCACGGUAAGCUUCGUGUCGUACGGUGGCGCAACAAACAAAGGAUUUUACGCGACUUAUAGAUCAGUAAACCGUGCCGAUUACACGACCACCACGACACCAGCACCCACCACGGCUGAACAUUUAACCUGUGUUGAACCCGGGGUAUACAGGAUUCCUUAUCCUGGAGUUUGCGAAAAAUAUUAUCAAUGCGUGAAUUUCAAUGCGUAUGAGGGAACAUGCGCACCAGGACUAUUUUUCGAUUCCUCCAUCUCUGAAUGCAAUCUUGCCGACCGCGUUGAAUGCCCUUGGUUUAACCGCUGUCCACCAGAGGGUAUCUUUUAUCUUCCAGUGUCAGGUGAUUGUUCCGCGUAUAUAAUGUGUGUGGAAGGAGAACCUUUUCCACACCGAUGCGCCAAUGGAACUUCAUUUGAUCCUGUUGACUUAAGGUGUGAAUUGUCUGAGGAUGUUACAUGCGCGUGAUGUAAAUAUUUGUAUUUUGUUGUAAAUCCAAAGAUUGACUGUAAUAAAGCUAAAUUUCAUGCUUCACUAUGGAAACAAAUAGCCAAAGGGAUGUUUUUAACUCCAUAUGUACAGAUAUUGAAGAUUAAAUAAACCUAUGCCAAAAAA